GUGAGAACAAGGAAAAGGGCACAGAGGACGGAAGAGGAAAUGUCUGCUGUAAUGCUGGUCUGAGCGUGUCAUUAGCGGGACCUGAUGUGGCCGGCCGGUGGCACGGCUGCUGCCGAGGAGAGAGAGGCGGGUCUGCUGCCAGUGGCCGCCUCUGGGUGGGGCCGCCAGCCAAGCCCUCGGGUAUAAGUCUGAGGCUGGGGCCUGCUGAGCACCUGCAGGGACAGCUCCCCUGUGCAGGCGACAGGCAGGUGGCCCCGCUGCGCCCAGCCCCAGCAUGAGCUCCUUCGACCUGCCAGCGCCCUCCCCUCCCCGCUGCAGCCCCCAAUUCCCCAGCAUUGGCCAGGAGCCCCCGGAGAUGAACCUUUACUAUGAGAAUUUCUUCCACCCACAGGGAAUGCCCAGCCCUCAGCGGCCCCCCUCCUUUGAGGGAGGUGGCGAGUAUGGGGCCACCCCCAACCCCUACCUCUGGCUCAACGGGCAGGCCAUGACCCCGCCGCCCUACCUGCCGGGCCCCAACACUAGCCCCUUCCUGCCCCAGGGCUACGGUGUACAGCGGCAGCUGCUGCCCAGCAUGUCGGGGCUGGCGGGCGGCGACCUGGGCUGGCUACCCCUCCAGUCCCAGGAGGAGCUGAUGAAGCUGGUGCGGCCCCCCUACUCCUACUCAGCCCUUAUCGCUAUGGCCAUCCACGGGGCGCCGGACAAGCGCCUCACGCUCAGCCAGAUCUACCAGUACGUGGCCGACAACUUCCCCUUCUACAACAAGAGCAAGGCCGGCUGGCAGAACUCCAUCCGCCACAACCUGUCACUCAACGACUGCUUCAAGAAGGUGCCCCGUGACGAGGACGACCCAGGCAAAGGGAACUACUGGACCCUGGACCCCAACUGUGAGAAGAUGUUCGACAAUGGAAAUUUCCGCAGGAAGAGGAAGAGGAAAUCGGAUAUUUCCUCCAGCACAGGCUCCUUGGCCUCGGAGAAGACGGAGGGAAGCCUCCUGGUGGGCAGCCCCAAGACCACGGACCCGCAGGACCUAUUGGAUAGCACGUCACCAGGAACCACCAGCUCCCCCGAGCAGCGGCCCUCCCCUGCACCAUGCCUGAACAGCUUCCUCUCCACCAUGACAGCCUACGUGAGCGGGUCGAGCCCCGUGAGUCGCCCUAUGGCCACGCCAGGACUGAACCCCGAGCCCACUGACAAGAUGGGGCAGAACUUAGUGAACCUCAACUCCUACACCCCACUCACCGCCCUCAGUGGCCAUGGGGCUGGGAGCGAAUGGGCCAGCCCUGUGGCCACCAACACUCUCGGCUACGGAGGCACUGUCCUCAACCAGUUUAGCCCUCAUUUCUACAACAGCAUCAAUGCAAACAGUGCCCUCUACCCCAGGGAGGGCACCGAGGUCUAGAGCCGAACAGUCCCAAGCCCUGUGAACAUGCCCGAGAGGAAAGCGGUGGAGACCCUCAUGCCAGCCUCCCUGUGGUCCAGCACCUCUGAACUGCCCAGACAGACACAGGAGGCUCAGAAAAAUGCAUCCUUUUUCUGGAACACUGUACAAACCUUCUGUUUGUUGCACUUGUGUCCACACAUACACAUACCCACCAACUUUGCAAUGAUGAAUACUGGUGUCUGGAUAACAGUAAUCAUGUGGCCAUUUAUUGAGCAGUUACUCUGUGCUGGGCGCUGUGCUAGGCUUUUUGAAGUUAUGACCAACACUUACUAUUUACAGUUACCUUAUGGGGUUCAUAUGAACUUCCUCAUUUAACAAAUGAGGAAACUGAGGCUUGAGACAGUUAAGUAAUUCUCCCAGGAUCAUACAGACUAGUAAGUGGCAGAGCCAGGAGUCAAGUCCUGUGUGACCCCCGAACUUUGGGCCAAUGGAGACAGGGACAGAGGAACGGACUAAGUCGCUAAGGAGGGUCAUUGUGAAAGCUGGUUAUGGCAAGCAUAUCCACUGCCUUCUGGCUAUCUAUCAGAAUUUAGCACCAGCCCCGGGCACGUUUCAUCCUGACCUGAGUCCUUAUUCUGGGGCUCCCAGCUUACCUGCAGACACUCCUUUUGCUGCCACUCAAGAAGGCAAGCCCAGGCCAUGCCCCUGCAGGACAAUGUGUUCAGUCUCUCCCCACAGAGGGAUAUUGCUUCCCCAGCCCCAGAGACCUUGAGCUGGGCAGAGAGAGGAGAGGUACACCCCAACUCCCCGCCUGACCCCCCAGCACUCCCUACCUGCAAAAUCUUAUAAAGCUCAGCUUCUUGUGUGCAUGUCAUGGACUGGUGAGCUGGAUAUGGCUGAAUCUUCCAAGAGAAACCAGACAAAACACAUGCUUCCCUUUGUACAGCCCCAGAGAAGUGAAUGUCUGAAAAGCAAGGCCUCGAUGGAGAGGCUUGCUCCCGCCGCCCAGGGGUCCGUGUGUGCAGUGCCGGGGCGUUGGGGGGGGGGUUCUUGCU